CUCUGCUCUUGGUCGCACCGGAUAUGUCGUUGUUCUUGACCUUCCCUUUCAAUUGGCCGGAAUCAGUCUGUCGUGUAGCUGCAAGCUACAUUCUUCUAGAAGUAGUAGAAAAAUGCAAUUAUCUCCGCUGUAAAUGGUAUUGCCAACGAGGUAUUUACCAAAGUGUACAUAUAAAGUCGUCUUUUUACGGGAACAAUGGUGAAGUACUUUGCCUGUGUGGGUCUUCUGAAAAGUUCCUGGGACCAAGUCUGCAUCGCUUUCUGGGAGCGAUACCCCAACCCCUACAGUAACCAUGUCCUAACGGAGGACAUCAUCUUCAGGGAUGUAACUCCCGGUAACCGUCUGGUCUCUAGGCGACUGCUGACCAAAACUAACCGCGCCCCUCGCUGGAUGGAGAAGUACCUGCCGGUUACCAUGGCCAGGCACGCCUACAUCAUCGAGGAUUCCAUCGUGGACCCCCAGAACAGAACCAUGACAACGCUGACUUGGAACAUCAGCCACGCACGCAUGAUGUCUGUGGAGGAGCGUUGUGAGUACAGAAUUAACCCUGACAACACCAGCUGGACGGAGAUUAACAGAGAGGCCUGGAUCUCGUCUAACCUCUACGGGCUCUCCAGAGCUAUACAGGAAUUCGGCCUUGCCCGGUUCAAGACCAGUGUUGCAAAGACCAUGAAAGGGUUUGAAUACGUCCUGGCCAAAAUGCAAGGUGAUACCCCCUCCAGGACCCUGACUGAGCAUGCUACGGAGAGGGCCAGGGAGACGGCUCUAGCAGCUAAGGAGAAAGCCAAAGACCUGGCCUCACAGGCUCACAAGAAACAACAGUAUGUCUGAGCUGCCAGUGUAGGGUGAAGUUUACCCUAGAUGCUGAUAUGGUUAAGAUUAGGAUUGGGGCAGGGGAAGCUGAUCCUAAAUGUCUUUCUAGAAACUUUAUCCUGGAGCCCGAGGUGCCAGUGGGAGGAAGUAGACAUUGGCCACUCAGAUCUGCCUGGAUUCAAAGACUAUUCAAGAAUAAUUUCAACUACUUUAUCUGGGAUCGAUUUUAAGUAUGCCUGGAACCAAUAGAAUGCUGAAAACCCCUGCUCAUCUGGCACUCCAGGCAGGCACAAGAAAUUACAAAAAGUAAAAAUAAAUUUAAAAAAGUUAAAUAGUAUUUGAACCCAGAUCUGUUUGUCCCUAACUGCUGGACCAGAGUCAGAUCUUAUUUACCCCCCUUGUGAUUACAUUUGGAGGUAGGGGAAUCUGAUCCCAGAUCUGUGAUUAAGGUUGCAAAAUUCCGGUAACUUCCAGAAAUACCAGUUGGAAGAUUCCCGGAACAAUAUAAUAUAUUAGUAGUAAUAUAUAUAUAUAUAUAUUAAUAAAAUAUAUUCAUAAUAUAUAUUAAUAUAUAUAUAUAGUAUAAUAAGGUAAUAAGCUGGAAAUCUGAAUUCCUCCAACCAGGAUUUCUGGAACGUUUCUGGGAAAUGUUGUAAAUGCUUUGAAGAAAUGUUGCUACUCUCGGUGUGACUGAGCUCAGGACCAUUACAGUUAAAAGCUUGAUUUGAUUCAAAUGUGGUCGGAGGCAAUUACUGCUCCUCCGGAGGCGGAGUCUUAAUCAAACUCCGCCUCUUAAAUGUUGUAACAAUGCAGAGGUCUCGGUAUAGCUCCGCAUUGACAUGAUUGGUUGACGGUAAGCGGGGGGGGGGGGGGGGGGUCCUGUAUUAACACAAACUCACUGCCAUGACAACUUCCUUCACAGCAGUUCUGCGUAACGCAAAAAAAAGUAUGUUUUGCUCUGACUUCUGCAGAGGCUGCAACACAGUAAGCGGUGUACGGGCCACUACAGAUGACGUUUUGACCAUACAGAGCUUUUUAGACUUUGUCUUCUACCACAAAGUGUCUAGGGUCACAAUAGUCCUAGCUAGCGUCCUUGUCUCCUUUCCUUCAGGACAGGUAGGUGAAGGCACUGGGCUUGUUUACAUUCUACUUCCUCCACGUGGGCGUGGUCUUAUCAGUUGGGGUGUAGAUGCUAAUCUCAAUGAGACAAACCUGCAGAAAUGAAGGUUACAUACCAGUAGCAGAAAGUGGCCGCGACGAGGCUCAACGCUGUGGAAGUGGUGACUGUACAUCACAGAAUGUAAACUGACUGUAAUGGUUGGAGGUAUGCGGCAGCAUUAGGGACAGGACCAGUCUCACCCAGCAGGUGGUCUACUGUGCACGGCCGACGUCGGUCUUGUCCUCUUUUUUUAAAUUUUUUUUAUCGGGAGCGAGUACAAGAGCCUGGUUCGUGUCUCUAGAAAUGACUCGUGACUCUAGUUAGGUUUCCAUCUGGCUGUUUUUGUGACCAACUGAAUAAUUUCAUCGUCUUAAAGUCUAACCACCACGAGGAUGUAGUUCCGCACAGUGAAGCAGGUCCUUAGACGCUGAUAUUGGGUCAGUUUACCAUUUCCCCCCCACUAAUGUCUACGGUUAGGAUUGGGGGAGGGGGAAGCUGAUCCUAGACCUGGAGGCCUACCCAACAUUCCCUCCCAACUCAAAGGGUGUAUCCCAAAUGACACCCUUAUUCACACCCUAUGUAGUGUACUACUUUUUACCAGAGUCCUAUAGACCCUGAUAUCAAGUAGUGUCCCAGAGUCCUAUAGACCCUGAUAUAAAGUAGUGUCCCAGAGUCCUAUAGACCCUGAUAUAAAGUAGUGUCCCAGAGUCCUAUAGACCCUGAUAUAAAAUAGUGCCCUAAAUAGAGAAUAGGGUGCCAUUUUGGGACUGAGCCUCAGUGCUCUCUUCUCUUCAGCUCUUUAACCUCUUGUGCUCUUCUGUCUUCUCUGUCACAGGAAGCAUUUCUCCUGUCUGUUGUAAUUCAUUUACCUUCAUAUAGUUGUGUUUCUCACACUGUAGAUGAGACUGACUACAUAUCUUCAUUUACAUUUGUGUUUUAGCCUUACGAUUUUAAAUAUUCAUGUCUUUCAUUUCAAAAUCCAAUCUUUUUGUUUCUGCUAGCUGGACUGCUCAAAAAAAAAGCACAUGUCAAAAGAAAUCUCUUGAUUCAUCUCUCUUCGCUGAUAUAUUCUUUAUUUUUAGUUAUGGCGUUUUCAUUUCAUUGCUUCAGAUUUAAAGUUGUUACAAGUGUGAUGAGAGGGGUCCACGUUGCUUGAAAGUGAACCUCGCUCUUGACAUUGUGAACAGACAGGAUUGCCCGUCGACAUCGAAGUCUGUAUGAGGCAUGCUUGAAGAAAUUAGCUCCAGAAAGUGAGUCAAAUUGCUGAAGUUGUAAAUGACACUUAGAGACAUCCUGGGUGUGACUGGGUUUUUUUUUAAUUAUUUUUUUCAGCCUCCCUCUUUGGGCUGGUUGUGUCUGUAGUUUAAUCAGUAAUGCUCGAGGGGUCGUUGGCACGUGGCCAAUAUACCACAGCUAAGGGCUGUUCCUAAGCCAUAGAUCACAUACCCAGAGGUGCCUUAUUGCUAUUAGAAACCGGUUGCCAACGUCAUUAGAGCAGUAAAAAAUGACAUCAUGUUUUGUCAUAUCCAUGCUAUACGGUCUGAUUAUACCACGGCUGUCAGCCAAUCCUCAUUCACGGCUCGAACCACCCAGUUUAUAAACAUGCAGAAUUACUGUCUUACCUCAAUUAGCCAUGAAAUCCCUCGUUUCUAACCCCUUUUCCGCCACAUGGGCCAGAAAUGAGUUGUAGUCCGCGGGCUUCAGCCCCUUUUUGACAUUUUGAGUGACAGCUAGCAAGAUGCUAACGCAGCAGAGAGGGGAGCGAUGGCGUGGUCCACAUACGUGAUGUAGUACACAAUAUUCGGGGACCACUUUUGGCUUGUGAGUUGCUCCUAUCAGAUCCACUGGCCGAAAGGGAAACAAAAAGUACUGUUGAAUCAUUAUUAUUAUUAUUAUUAUUUUCUUUAAAUGAAUGCAUACAAAUUAUGAAUCUGUUUAUGUUUGAGCUUAUUGAUGAAUACCAAUAAAAUAUUUUAUGUUACUGGA